AAACCCUUCUCAUGCGAGAACCGUGACAAGAGCUUCUGCAUCCGCUACCAGCUCACCAGACACCGGCUGAGCCACAGUGGAGAGAAGCCAGCUCACCAGACACCGGCUGAGCCACAGUGGAGAGAAGCCAUAAAUGUGAGCAUGAAGCCCACAGGCUGAGCCACAGUGGAGAGAAGCCAUAAAUGUGAGCAUGAAGCCCACAGGCUGAGCCACAGUGGAGAGAAGCCAUAAAUGUGAGCAUGAAGCCCACAGGCUGAGCCACAGUGGAGAGAAGCCAUAAAUGUGAGCAUGAAGCCCACAGGCUGAGCCACAGUGGAGAGAAGCCAUAAAUGUGAGCAUGAAGCCCACAGGCUGAGCCACAGUGGAGAGAAGCCAUAAAUGUGAGCAUGAAGCCCACAGGCUGAGCCACAGUGGAGAGAAGCCAUAAAUGUGAGCAUGAAGCCCACAGGCUGAGCCACAGUGGAGAGAAGCCAUAAAUGUGAGCAUGAAGCCUGAUGUGAAGCUUCACUAUCCUAAAGGGCUAAGGCAAUGGUUCACUUCACUGUCAAUGACUGGUUUGUUUGAGGCUGCAUUCUACAAUGCUACAUUGUUGCCUUUCCAAGCCAUUUGGCAAGACAACCAGUUGGCUAAAGCAAAGCGACAGGUUGGCACCGAGGCUAGGGUUUAGUUCUGAAUGGGUUUGACCCAGAAAUUUUACUGAAUGGUAACCUAACCCACCGUGAUAUCUGAGACAUAAAAUGCAUCAAUCCUCUUCCAACCUUCCCUCUGGUCUCCCAUCUGUUCCUGUGUGUAUCUGCAGGUGUCUGGCUGCAGGAUGCUCCGAGGCCUUCGCCACACAUGUCAGCAUGAAGACCCACAUGGCUCACAUUCACCAGCACCAGGAGAAGCACUAGAAGGUUGGCUAAACUUUGGGGCUCACUUCAUCUCCUUAUUGCCUUAGAUUUCAUUGACACGGUUCUGAAUCAGUUGAUGGCUAAACGUGAUAUUUUGAGAACCCACUUGAGACUUCCACAGUUUUGUGUGGGUGAAGGAAAAGUGACGGCCAUAUUGGACAAACAUGGGUCCUACUGCUCAUUAUCAUUCAUCAGAUGUUGAUAAGAUGCUGUGAUUUGUUAUUUAUUCUGUUUUAGUGUGGGCUAUGGGAAGGACUUCAAGAAGAAUAACCAACUCAAGACACACAAGACGGAACACGCACAACCGCUUCCCUUUCAGUGAGUAUGACACACACUGGCAUCUAUGAGCGUAUGUAGGCUCUACCACGUCAGCCUGAGCUCUGACCCUUUCCCAUUGGUGUAACUUUGAGAAGAGAGAAUGUGCUGGUCCUGGACAAUUGAAGCACCAUGAGAAAGUGCACCAAGGUGAGCCCUGCACCUGCCACAUGCACAUCUCACAUCUAUUGGUCACAUGCUCUGAAUAUAACAGGUGUAGACUUUACAGUCAAAUGCUUACUUACAAGCCCAUUCCCAACAGUGCGGAGUUAAAAAGUAAGAUAAAUAUUUGCUACUAAAAAAGGAAAUAGUAACACAAUAAAAACAAUAACGAGGCUAUAUAUGAGUACCAGUACUGAGUCAAUGUGCCGGGGUACGAGGUAGUUAAGGUAAUACAGUUUGUGGGUAGGGGUCACAGGAGGUUUGUGGCACUUUAAUUGGGGAGGACGGGCUCAAGGUAAUGGCUGAAGUGGAAUGAUAUCAAAUACAUGAAACACAUGGUUUCCAUAUGUUUGAUGCCAUUCCAUUUGCUCUGUUCUGGACAUUAUUAUGAGCCGUCCUCCCCUCAGCAGCCUCCUGUGGUAGGGGUAAAAGUGACUAGGCAAUCAGGAUAUAUAAUAAACAGAGUAGCAGCAGCGUAUGUAAAGUGUGGGUAGAGUCUAGUGAGUGUGCAAGGGAGUUGGUGCAAAACAAGAUGAAGACAUAAAGGGGGUCAAUGUAAAUAGUCUGGGGAGCCAUUUGAUUAACUGUUCAGCAGUCUUAUGGCUUGGGGGUAGAAGCUGUUCGGGUGCUUUUUUGUCACAGACUUGAUGCUCCGGUACCGCUUGCCAUGCGGUAGCAGAGAAGUCUAAGACUUGGGUGGCUAGAGUCUUUGACAAUUUUUAGGGCCUUACUCUAACCGCCUGGUAUAGAGGUCCUAGAUGGCAGGGAGUUCGGGCCCCAGUGACAUACUGGGCUGUACUCACUACCCUCUGUAGCGCCUUGCGGUCGGAUGCCGAGCAGUUGCCAUACCAAGCGGUGAUGCAGCCAUUCAAGAUGCUCUCAAUGGUGCAGCUGUAUAACUUUUUGAGGAUCUGAGGGCCCAUGUCAAAUCUUCUCCACCUCCUGAGGGGGAAGAGGCAUUGUUGUGCCCUCUUCAGGAACUUGAAGCUCUCGACCCGCUCCACUACAGCCCCGUCGAUGUGAAUGGGGGUAUGUUCGGCCCUCUGUUUCCUGUAGUCCACGAUCAGCUCCUUUGUCUUGCUGACGUUCAGGGAGAGGUUGUUGUCGUGGCACCACACUGCCAGGUCUCUGACCUCCCUAUAGGCUGUCUUGUCGUCGGUGAUCAGGCCUACCACAGGUAUCGUCAGCAAACUUAAUGAUGGUUUUGGAGUCGUCCGCAGCCACACAGUCGUGGGUGAACAGGGAGUACAGGAGGGGACUGAUCACUCACCCAUGAAGUUGCAGAGGUAGGUGUUUAAUCCCAGGGUCCUUAGCGUAGUGAUGAGCUUGGAGGGCACUAUGGUGUUGAACGCUGAGCUGUAGUCAAUGAACAGCAUUCUGACGAAGGUGUUCCUUUUGGCCAGGUGUGAAAGGGCAGUGUGGCGAGCAAUAGAGGUUGCGUCAUUUGUGGAUCUGUUGGGGCGGUAUGCGAAUUGGAGUGGGUCCAGGGUUUCUGGGAUGAUGGUGUUGUGAGCCAUGACUUUCAAAGCAUUUCAUGGCUACAGAUGAGUGCUACAGGGCCGUAGUUAUUUAGACCGGUUACCUUGGUGUUCUUAGUCACAGGGAUUAUGGUGGUCUGCUUGAAACAUGUAGGCAUUACAGACUGGGUCAGAGGAGUUUAAAAUGUCAGUGAAGAAACUUGCCAGCUGGUCAGCGCAUGCUCUGAGUAGGCGUCCUGGUAGUCCGUCUGGUCCUGAGGCCUUCUGAAUGUUAACCUGUUUAAAGGUCUUACUCACAUCAGCUAUUGAGAGGGUGAUCAAGCAGUCGUCCGGAACAGCUGGUGCUGUCAUGCAUGGUUCAGUAUUGCUUGCCUCAACGUGAGCAUAGAAGGCAUUUAGCUCAUCUGGUAAGCUUGCGUCACUGGGCAGCUCUAGGCUGGGUUUCCCUUUGAAAUCCGUAAUAGUUUGCAAGCCCUGCCACAUCAGUGUCAGAUCAGGGAUUCAAUCUUAGUCCUGUAUUGACGCUUUGCAUGUUUGAUGGUUCGUCGGAGGGCGUAUAGGGAUUUCUUAUAAGAGUCCGGGUUAGUGUCCGGCUCCUUGAAAGCGGCAGCUCUAGCCUUUAGCUCAGCGAGGAUGUUGCCUGUAAUCCAUGGCUUCUGGUUGGGAUAUGUUCAGUUCCUUCAGAAAGUAUUCCCACCCCUUGUCUUUUCCACAUUUUGUUGUUACACCCUGAAUUUAACAUGGCUUAAAUUAAGAUUACUUUUUUUUUUACUGGCCUAACACACUACCCCAUAAUGAUGAAGUGGAGUUAUGCUUUUCAUAUUGUUUUACAAAUUAAUAAAUGAAAAGCUGAAAUGUCGUGAGUCUAAGUAUUCAACCCCUUUGUUAUGGCAAGCCUAAAUAAGUUCAGGAGUAAAAAUGUGCUUAAGGUUCAUGUACUCACUCCAUAAUAGUGUUUAACAUGAUUUUCUUUAAUGAUUACCUCAUCUCUGUACCCCACACAUACAAUUAUCUGUAAGGUCCCUCAGUUGAGCAGUGAAUUUCAAACACAGAUUCAACCACAAAGACCAGGGAGGUUUUCCAAUGCCUUGCAAAGGGCACCUAUUGCAAGAUGGGUAAAGAAAAAGCAGACAUUGAAAGCCUCUUUGAGCAUGGUGAAGUUAUUAAUUACAUGUGGAUUGUGUAUCAAUACACCCAGUCACUACAAAGAUAAAAGCGUCCUUUCUAACUCAGUUGCCGGAGAGGAAGGAAACCGCUCAGGGAUUUCACCAUAAGGCCAAUGGUGACUUCAAAACAGUUAGUUUAAUGGCUGUGAUAGAACUGAGGAUGGAUCAACAUUGUAAUUACUCCACAAUACUAACCUAAUUGACAGAGUGGAAAGGAAGCCUGUACAGAAAUGCAAAUAUUCCAAAACAUGCAUCCUUUUUGCAACAAGGCACUAAAGUAAUACUGUCCUGAGUUAUGUUUGGGGCAAAUACAACAAAUUACAGAGUACCACACUCCAUAUUUGUAAGCAUAGUGGUGGCUGCAUCAUGUUCUGGGUAUGCGUGUAAUGGUUAAGGACUGGAGAAUUUUCGGGAUACAAAAAAAGGACAGGCAAAAUCCUAAAGGAAAACCUGGUUCAGUCUGCAUUCCACCAGACACAGGGAGAUUAAUUCACCUUUUAGCAGGACAAUAACUUAAAACAAGGCUGAAUCUACACUGGAGUUGCUUACCCAAGAACACAGUGAAUGUUCCUGAGUGGCCAAGUUAGUUUUUACUUAAAUCUUUUUGAAAUCUGUGGCAAGAGUCAGACCUGAAAAUGGUUGUCUAGCAAUGAUCAACAACCAAUUUGACAAAACUUGAAGAAUUUUGAAAAGAGUAAUGAGCAAAUGUUGCACUUGCCCAGAAAGACUCACAGCUGUAAUCGCUGCCAAAGGUGCUUCUACAAAGUAUUGACUCAGGGGUGUGAAUACUUAUGUAAAUUAGAUUUCUGUAAUUAAUUUUCAAUCAAUUUGCUGAAAUGUCUAAAUAUGGGUUCACUAUGUCAUUGUGUGUAGAUGGGCAUGGGAUCUAUUUAAAUCAUUUGGAAUUCAGGCUGUAACACAACAAAAUGUGGAAUAAGUCAAGGGGUAUGAAUACUUUGUUAAGACACUACCUAUAUGGUCUACCUGUGGGGACAACGUCGUCGAUGUACUUAUUAAUGAAGCCGGUUACUGAUGUUGUAAACUCCUCAAUGCCAUCGGCUGAAUCCCGGAACAUAUUCCAGUCUGGGCUAGCAAAACAGUCCUGUAGCUUAGCACCCGCUUCAUCGGACCACUUCCCUAUUGAACGCGUCACUGGUACUUCCUGUUUGAGUUUUUGCUUGUAAGCAGGAAUCAGGAGGAUUGAGGUUAUGGUCCAAUUUGCCAAAUGGAGGGCAGCCGAGAACUUUGCAUGCUUCUCUGUGUGGAGUUAAAGUGAUCUCGAGUUUUUAUCCUUCUGGUCGCACAGGUGACCUACUGGUAGAAAUGAGGUAAAACGGAUUUCAGCUUUCCUGCAUUAAAAUCACCGGCCACUUGGAGCGCUUCCUCUAGAUGAGCAUUUUCUUGUUUGCUUGUGCCCCUAUACAACUCGUUGAGUGCGGUCUUAGUGCCAGCAUUGGUUUGUGGCGGUAAAUGGACAGAUACGCAAAAUACAAACUCUCUUGGUAAAUAGUAUGGUCAACAGUUUGUGGUAUUCUAACUCAGGCGAGCAGAACCUCGAGACUUCCUUAAUAUUAGAGAUUGCGCACCAGCUGUUAAUAGACAUACCACCACCACCCCUGAUCUUACCGGACUCUGCCGUUCUGUCCUGCUGAUGCAUAGAAAAAAACCAGCUAGAUUUAUAUUAUCCAUUUCCUUGUUCAGCCAUGGCUCCGAGAAGCAUAGUAUAUUAGUUCUAAAUGUCCCGUUGAUAGGAUAGUCUCAAACUGAGCUCUUCCAGUUUAUUUCCCAGCAACUGCACAUUAGGCAAUAGAAAAGAAGGUAGAGGCGAUUUAUUCAUUUGCCGCCGUAGUCUCACCAGGGCUGCCUGCACGCCGGCCUCUAAAGCGCAGUAUUCGCCUUCUACGAGUGUCUGGGAUUAGGGCCUGGUCCAAAUAGAGGUUAGAGAUAGCUGUUCUGAUGACCAGAAGUUCUCUUCGAUCAUGGGAAAGGAUGGCUGAAACAUUAUGUACAAAAAAAAGUUUUGAUGAGAGCUAAGAAAUACACAAUAGCAAAUUUGGUCAGGAGCCUGUAAAACGGCCACCAUUACCUCUGGCGCCAUUCUAUUCCUGUAGAAGCUUUUUUCCAUACAUAUUAACCUGUCAUGUAUUUUCUCUCCCAGGUUACCCUUGUGCUGUGGAGGGCUGUCUCCAAGGGGAGAUUUGGUCAGCGUAUCAGAAGCAAAGGAAGGCUGUACACAGAGGUAUGUAGGCCCUCUCUCCACCACCGCUCUCCUGACUGUUCUCCAGCUUUCAUCUUGCAUUGUCUUGUGAACUGCUCUUACGUUGUUCUGCUUCAGUGACUCAAGCAAGGUGUGUGUGUGCUCAGUCAAGCUGCAGUGUGACGGCUGCAGUAGGAUGUUCCUGGAGGCAUGGUUCUUGCAGCAGCACCAGCUCUGGGUCCACAAGAGGGAGUUCCGGUGCUCCAAAACUGGAUGUGGGAAGACCUUCACCACACACUUCAAUCUGGAGAACCACGUAAUGUCAGACCACAAGGGCCAGAAGGCCUUCUCCUGUACCCAUGUAGGUUGUGGCAAGAGCUUCGCUAUGCAGGUGAGCACACUGUAA